AUGCUUCUAAAAAAAUCUUUUCUUAUAUUAUUUUCAUUUUUACAAUCCUUCAUUUUAUUUAUUUAUGGAGCACCAACUGUUUAUAUCAAUAAUCAACCAUUUAGCCGUAUAAGAGAUCAACUUACACAACCAAUUUUUGAAGGUGUUUAUUAUGCAAAUGGAAGAUAUGGUGAUAUUAAAUAUACAGAUAAACCAGCACAAGUAAGAAGUAAUAAUAACAAACAAAACUAUCAUUUUACUGAUAGUCCAUUUAGAAUUUUAUCAAGUAAUUUUGAAAUAAGACUUAAUGGAGGAAGUUAUGAUUGUAAAAAAGAUGAAAUAAUUGCAAAAUGUGGUUUGAUUCCACUUUAUAGUUAUCAACAUCCUUUAUAUAAUUCACUUUUCUAUACAACAAAUGUAAAUGAUGUCAAUUUUGGUUGGAAUACAAAAAUCAAAUUUACAUUAAUUGGUUAUGUUGCUAGAGAACAACGUUGUGGAGCAAGAGUAGAAGUUAAUAGAAUUGUUGUAAAAACAGGAAGACAGGCUUACACUAGAUUAAUUUCUAAUAAUGAAGUUGUUCAACAAUAUGGUCCAAAUUUCAUGUUCCAAAGAGUACCUUAUAUGGAAAAGACAAAAGGUUUCUUCUAUGCUUGGGAACCAAUCGGAAACAGAGCUAGUUUUGAAGAAAUGAGAAAACAAAAACAAUCUGGUGACAAUUUCCUUGUUGAUGGUUCACCAUCACCAAAAAGUACAAUAUGUUUAGUAAAUCAAUGGCCAUUUUAA